UGUUGGAUACGACGCAUAGCUAGCUAGUAGAGGAUUGAAGAAUUCCAUAGUGAUCGAGCAAAGCUUCAGUAGUCUUCCGAAAGAGAAAACGGGGAGGCUAGCAUAAAUCGAUCUAGAAAAAGAACAUGACGAUCGUGGAGAUGAGCGUGCAUAUGGACUGCGCUGGGUGUGAGAAGAAGAUACGGAAGGCAAUACAAAGAAUGGAAGGCGUCGACGAUGUGGAGAUCGACAUGGAAAGGCAGAAGGUGACGGUGAACGGGAACGUGGAGCAGAAGAAGGUGCUCAAGGCGGUGCGGAGGACGGGGAGGCGCGCCGUGCUGUGGCCGCACCCGUACACCGCCGGCGCCACCGCGGGCGUGCUCGCGCAGCAGCAGCAGCACUACCACCCCGGCGGGGGCCAGGCGCACGCAGCCCACGCGGCGCGCCCGACGUCCUCCUACAACUACUACAAGCACGGCUACGACGACUCGCUCCUCUACGGCGCCAACUCCGCCGUCGUCGGCAGCAGGGCCACCGAUUACUUCAGCGACGAGAACCCGCAGAGCUGCUCCGUCAUGUGAUGAUCCGUUGGCACGACCGCUCACACACGCGUGUUGUAAUCUGUCGUUGCUGUGCUAGUGGCGUAUGACGUCUCACGGAUUACUGUCAGAAAUUGGCACGAAUGUGCGAACAAUUCGGCGAUUUUUCAUAUCUUGGAUUUGAAGUUUCCGGGUAUAUCCUGAUCUGGAUAAAAAGGAAAAGGUUCGUCCCAGCCAUCUAUACCGGGACGGUACAAUGUGCAGUGACCAAUACAUUGGAAUGGAACCGGCCUGAGCGCGCUCCAUUAUUCCGUCUAGCACGCCACUGCACGAGCCACUGCCAGAUGCGGUACUGUGGGACACAGCAUGUGUAAUAUUCCUUGCUCCAAUAGUUUAUUCUGCCUGUCUAAUGACCGGUCGGUGAGCUUACGAGCCAUCAGGAUCAACUUACCAGUUACUAGCACCACCUUGACAAGGUUACUAACAAACGGUUGUUAAUUCCGAUGCUUUUGUUGAAGGCACAUGGCUCGGGUCUCAGGAAGAAUUUGAUUCAAAAUGCAACAAGGAAAGUGAGCUCAGAGGUGGUGUCUGGGACGAGAGACUUAUUUUUAAGUCUCUUGUCCCGUUAAAUGUUU